AUGGCACGGUCGGUUCCGGCCGGAAGUUCAAACGUAGGUUCCAGUCAUUUCCCGACCGUUUCCUGCAAACUUCGAGCUGGAAACGGUCAGGAACUGAUCGGAUAUUUCCUGUGCAAUUCCGGCCGGAAUCCGGCGGCAAGGAACCUGCCGGAACUUGCUGGAAUCGGCGAAAACUGUGCCGGAACCGGCUCAGAUUUCAACGGAUCCAGUCGCCGAAAUGAUCGACCUGGGAAUUUUUACAUUAAUAAUUUUUUUGUGGAUAAUUUUUCAAUUGGUUAA